AAGGGGCGGAAUAAUAACGUCUAACAACUGGUUAAUUAACCCAGUUUUUUAUACGAUAUCGAUAGCAGAUAUCACACCAGAACGAAACGCGCACAACUCGAACCAGAGCAUAUUGAUUCAUUCAAGGACGAAAAAAAACAGUAGAGAAUGGGCUUAAUCAACAAAAGACUGCUGAUCUUAGUAACUCACACAGUCUUUAUUAUUUUUUCAUUCGAAGGAGCUAAUGCAAAUCCCAAUGGAGGGCACCCUUUUUCCAGGGGGAACGCUCACGAAAUUGUAAAUGAUUCCCCGCUAGCCAGUAGGAGCGUGGGCACUGCCAGCUUAACGAAUCACUUGAAAAUUGCAGCCUUCAACAUCCGGGUAUUUGGAACUACCAAGAUGCGUACCCCAGGCGUUCCUGACAUACUUGUUAAGAUUCUGCUGCGUUACGAUAUCGUGUUGAUUCAGGAGAUUCGGGAUUCAUCUCAAACCGCCAUGCCACUCCUUUUGCAAAAUCUUAACAGUGCGUCUUCGUCACCCUACAAAAUGGCGAUCAGCGAAAGACUGGGGCGGACCAGUAGCAAGGAGCAGUACGCAUAUGUUUACAGGUCUGACUUGGUUUCUGUGGUAAGCAAAUAUGUGUACAGCGAUCCGAAAGACCUAUUCGAGCGAGAGCCAUUCAUCGUCCAUUUCCGAUCAUCUACGACAGCUAUCAAGGACUUCGCACUUGUGGGUAUUCACACAAAGCCUUCAGAUGCCGCGAAUGAAAUCUCCAACCUUGUUGACGUCUACGAUGAUGUCAGAGUCCGCUGGGCGAUGGAUGACGUCAUUAUCUUAGGUGAUUUCAACGCUGCCUGUGACUACAUGAGAGACAGCGAUUGGCGGGUAAAUAGUUUGUUUACUGACCAGAGGUUCAGCUGGCUCAUAACGGACUGCGUGGACACGACAACUGGAGGUGGCGCAUGCGCAUACGACAGGUUUGUAGCGGCAGGUGCAGCCAUGAAGUCAGCGGUAGUACCCAACAGUCCUGGCCGGUUUGCCUUUGAUAAGGAAUACAACUUGACAGAAAUAGUGACCGACCAAGUCAGUGAUCAUUACCCAAUAGAAAUGGAGCUUUACUCACAAGCUUACACAAGUGCAUUGUCAAAGGUGGACGAACAGACGGAGAACAAGUUCUUUGCUGUCACUCCCCUCACCUUUGAUCCUACGAUGAUCUACUCGCUACGCUACAGCAGCAACCCUCUCAUUCAGAAUGGCUUCCUUGUCGAAACCCUUUACAUCACCUCAACUAUCGCUAUGGUUACCAAUGCUAAGACGGUCAACAGCUCCCAUGAUGCCGUGCAAGCAUACGAUCUCAUCUAUCAAAGCUGGCCGUCCCUUGUUAGCAAGAACCAAGUGGAAGUCGCGAAGCUGAAGGUGACUGAAAAAAUGGGAACGAAUGAUAGCGCCACGGUCAAGCUUAUUUGUAGAAAGAACCCGGUCCCUGCGGAAUGCUGGGUCGCGUUCCAGAUAUGAUAAUUUCUCGAAGGCAAUCAGAAGUUUCUUUACCAUUACACCUCGAAUAUAUAGUAGAUAGUAUUCAAUACGUCUGGGUACUAAGUCAUGUGUGUAACAUAAUUCUCAAAAUAAAUCGUGUUAUAUGACA